UCAAACAAUCUGAAAAAUCUCCAAAUAUAUUCAAUCAAGAGUACACCCAAAGAAAAACAAUGGCUUUUGAUCUUAAUGUUUUCUCUUCAGGGGGUUUGCAAGAUGUUCUACUUAAAAUUGGUGUGUUUGUGCUUGUUCAAGCUCUGGUGUAUCUCAUUCUCACCAAGUCAUCAAACAUCUUCUCAUCAACGAAAACCAUGCGAUCACUUAGUUUCCGUCCGGCGCGAUCGGUGAGUGUCCGACGGAUGCUUGCUUUGCUCUCCGACCUCCCGCCGGAGCCCUCACCGAAGGUCAACAAUUCUAUGGCUUUCGAAAUUUCGCCUCGUGAUCAUGCUGAUUGAUUUUCAUCAAGUUCAUCACUAGUGAUGAUCAUAUUCAAUCAAAACAAACACGUAUGUAAAUAGUUUUGUUUCUUUGCUUUGUU